AGAACUUGGGCAUCAGUAACCAUUGCAAGUGACAGCACCCGGCUAGCGGCGUUGAUACUCUACAGUUUCCCCCACUAUUGCAGAGAACCACCCGGGUUCACAGUGAAAUAUCUCCAACACAGCUCGCAUACAAGGCCGUAUCGUAGCGGAAAACAAAUAAAAAAGAGCUUAACGCCACGGCGACGGUGUUUACCCAACUCGCAUUCAAUUCAUUGCGUUCUCUUCUCACUCUUCCCACUCGUCGUUACAUCAGAAUUUGCACGACAAUGCCGUACACCAAUGAACGCCGGAUCGCGGAAUUGGCUAUCCAGCGGGCAUGUAUUCUCACCGAAAGGGUCUAUAAUUCCCAGGUCAAGGGGACCAUUAUGAAGGGUGAUAAAUCGCCUGUUACGAUCGCCGACUUCGGUGCCCAAGCCCUCAUAAUCAGCAGCGUCAGCCACGCCUUCCCGGAAGACUCAAUAGUCGGUGAAGAAGACUCCAGUGAUCUCCGUGCGGAUAAGGCAAAGCGGGACCUGGUCUGGGGUCUCGUCAAGGACACCUUGGACGCAACUAAGGACUUAACGAGUGAACUCGGUGAUAUCAAGGACAGCGAGGAAAUGCUCGCUGUUAUCGAUAGGGGGACGCAUCAGGGUGGCGCUGUAGGGAGGAUCUGGGCCCUUGAUCCGAUCGACGGGACAAAGGGAUUCCUACGCGGGGACCAGUACGCUGUGUGUUUGGGAUUGAUUGUCGACGGGAAGGUUCAGGUCGGCGCACUUGUGUGCCCAAACCUACCAGUUGAUCCCGAGGCGCCAGAGGGAGAGAAGGGGAUUUUGCUGUCGGCCGUUAGGGGACAGGGUGCUACAAUGAGACCAUGGUCAACCCCGUCUGCUCAAGGGACUCCCAUCUCCAUGAGUUCCGUCACGGACUUUUCAAAGGCUAGGUUCUGUGAAGGAGUUGAAGCGGGCCACUCCUCACACAGUGAACAGGCAUCCAUCGCUAAGAGCCUGGGCAUUACCGCACCAUCUAUUCAAUUAGAUUCACAGGCAAAGUAUGCUUCGAUUUCUCGUGGCGUUGGAGAGAUUUAUCUGAGGCUACCCGUUAGUUUGUCUUAUGAGGAGAAAAUCUGGGACCAUGCCGCUGGAUCAUUAAUUGUCGAAGAAGCCGGAGGCGUGAUCACUGAUAUCUAUGGGAAGGAGCUGGAUUUCAGACAGGGAAGGACACUGAGAGCUAAUAAAGGAAUUGUGGCGGCUCAAACGGCCCUACAUCCAGCCGUUCUGAAGGCCGUAAAAGAGGAGUUGAAGGUUCUUGAGCUUUAGAUUGCGUAGUCAUUCUAGUAGAGAUAGACCAUAAAAUACAGUACUGUACACCUA